AUAGAUUUAUCUCUCUCUCCCUCCAGGAUUUAGAAAUGUUAAACGUCAAAAUCGAUCUAAAUAUUUAUGCCAGUAAAUCAGUACGCCGUUUCUCUUUAAAUUUUAUCUUUUAAACGAUUUAUUGUUGACACAAUCAGCUAUUUCUGCACCACAACCCACUACACAAAAUGGAAAAUUUGCGAUUAUAUGUGGGCACCUACAAUGUGGGUACAAGCACCCCCGAUAUAAAGCUAAACUCGUUAUUAGGGUUGCCUGAUGACCACAAGACAGAUAAAUUGCAGCUACCAGAUAUUUACAUUUUGAGUUUUCAAGAAGUGAAAGCGCAGCCUCAAAACAUGCUUCUUGAUGCGCUAUUUGACGACCCCUGGACUUACGCGUGCAAAGAACUUCUUGACACCUUCAACUAUGUUAAAAUCAAGUCAGUUAGGCUUCAGGGUUUGUUGCUCAAUGUUUAUUGUCUCAGGAAACACCUACUCAAUAUUAGGGAAAUUGAGUCUGACUACACCAGGACAGGGCUGUCAGGAAUGUGGGGUAAUAAAGGUGCAGUUAGUGUUAGACUCAGUAUUUAUGGCUGCUCAUUAUGUUUUGUGAACUCUCACCUCAGCGCCCACGAUAAUCAACUCAAGGAUCGCGUUGAGGAUUAUAACAAUAUUAUUAAAGAUCAAGAGUUUCACGUUGAAGAAACUACCGAGAUAUUUUUCCAUGAUUAUGUAUUUUGGAUGGGUGAUCUCAAUUUUAGGCUGCUAGAAGAGUACGAUCAGACUCCUGAAGAGAUUGAAAGGGAUAUUGUGAAGAAUGAGCUGAAGAAGCUUUUUACUUUUGAUCAGUUGAGAUACGUAAUGAGAAAAGGGGAAGCUUUUAGUGAACUUGAAGAAAAGGACCCGGAAUUUCCACCAACUUUCAAAUUUGAAGUUGGCACCAAUAGAUACGACUUCAAGCGUCGACCCGCAUGGUGCGACCGAAUACUAUACAGGGUGAACCCACACAACUACGAAAACGUUACCCUCAAAGUGGACCAAUUAUCCUACAAACAUCAUCCUUCAUACCAACUCAGCGACCACAAACCGGUCACAGCCGAAUUCAACAUUAAGAUCCCAGCUAAACAUUUGAAGCUUUCAACCGGUGUCUCCGUUGACCAGGUCUUUUCAGAUUAUUCUGAACGGAUUGUUGAGUUCGAUAAAAUUGUUAGUUGGAAUCAAGAUGAGGAGAACAAAGCGAGAUAUAAGAUCACCAAGGACAUUCCGGCUACUAAAGACGACUGGAUUGGAUUAUUUAAAGAUAACUUCAGUAGUUUGGACGAUUACGUGAGCUAUGAGUAUGUGAGUAAAUGCGCAUCGCCGACUCCUGAGAAGAAGAGUCCAAUGAAAGGAGGUUCGUCUAAGAACGAACAAAAAUACGAGAUUACAUUUUCGGAAUUGCCGAAUCGAUGUCGAGGGAAUUAUUGCUUGGUUUAUUUCAGCCAGUCUGAGGAUAAAGUCAUUAGUGUGUUGGGGAUUAGCAAUAGCUUCCCUAUCGUGAAGCAUGAUAGCGACUAGAAAAUGGUUCCAUCACAAUUCCGCCCUUUUUAAUUAAUUGUUAUUUAGUUUUAUUUUCUUACUUUGAAAUUUACUUUUAUUGAGUAAUUGUGCCUUGUACAACUUUCCACUUUUAUUAUAUAAGGGAGUAUCCUAUUGUUGAUUUUAUUGCAGCGUUGUGAACAAGUUUUAAAGUUUUAUAUUUUUUAUGCCAGUGCUAGUCAAAAAAAUCCACUUUUUCACUCUACACAAUACAAUAGAUACCUUGCCUACAAUAGUAUUGACAAAACUGAGCCUUUAUUAUGUGAUACGUAUGUAGAACUUGCUCGACUAUUGUUUUACUGAAUUACAUUUUAUACAUAAAAUACGACAUUAGAAAAUGAAUGAAGGUUGAAAGUUUUGUUUUAACUCUUGAAAUCUAUUUUUAUUAUAUGUUAACAUAUUUUUUUCUAGCGGAAUGUGGUCAGAAGUACUAUGAAAAUUCAAUGCACGUAUAUUUUUCCUAAAUUGUUAUGAUUAAUCAAAUGACAAAUUAUUUAUGCUAUAACACAGACGCUUUUAUUCUUCAACACUUUCAAAAUUUGCGGUUUUUCUCAUGUGUAAGGAAGUUUUGACAACUGUUUGCCAUUUCUUAGUACGAAAGGCCAGAUUAUUCUUAACAGAUGUAAUGCAAUUUUAAGCCUUGUUGAGUCUAAUUUGAAGAAUAAAAUAUAUUCAACUCGUUUUCGUGUAAAUCGGUUCAUUUAUUUCACCUCGUGGAUGAUGAACCACUCGUGUUCACUCGUGACUUAAUAUUCCACUCGUGAAAUAAAGCAUCCGAUUUACACUCAAAUUCGUUAAAUAAUAGUAUAUUAAAAAACAAGUUUCAUAAGGUCAGUCUAAAAACACGAAAUUAGUUUCAAAAACAAGCAGUGGCGUUAGCCAAUAGUUUUUGAAAGAACGAGUGCUUUAAGGUCUCAUGAAACGAGUUUUUUUUUUACUAUUUUUUGUAAUUUGCACUUUUUGUCGUCUUUAAACAAAAAUUGUUAUUUCAGUCUCUUUAGGGAUUUUUGUGACGGUUGGUAAUAUCUCAAAUUUCAAAGUGAAAUAUUAAUUUUAAAAUUUGUGUUUUAUCAAAGUUUCGUGAACGCCCUCUGAAAUUUGUGAAAUUCACAAAAAUACGCUCCCAAAUUUGCUUCUUGCCAACCUAAAAAUUAUCGUAAAAUGUUUAAUAUGCCUAUUAAAGCAUCAAAAUGGCGGCAAAUUACAAAAAUAACUAUUGUAUAUGUAGUUACUAUUCAACGCAAGUCAGUUAUUCAAAAACUUAUAAAUUUGACCGAUAAUAUAAUAAUAUAAUUAUAAUAUAAUAAUUCAUAUUAGCUGUUUCAAAACUAUAAAAACGCCAACGUCGCAUUAUCUCCGAAAAUUAGCUGUUAUAAAUUAUUCAUGCACUUUAAAAAAAUAAUAUGUAAUAUAAUUUAUACUUUCAAUGAGAGAUCUAAUCAUUAAUAACUAUUUUAACAUUUUUAUCAAUCUUAUUUAAAAAAUAAUUCGAUAAAAUGUGACCUUGGCGUUUUUAUAGUUUUGAAACAUCUAAUAUGUUCUUAAUAUUUGUAAAGCACUCUUGACCACAUUUUUAUCUAGACUUUUUUACAUCCGGCAAAAUUUAUAUGAAAUGUGAUUUAACUUCUGUGGUGUACUAACUAGAAAUUAGGAAAGUAGCAAAAUAUGCAUUCAUAUACAAUUAGACUAGAAGUAAUACAACACCAAUUAGAAGAAUUGAAGUUUAAACAUGACAUUGUGAAUUAAUUUAAGCACAGUUAUCCUCAAUCAGUUAUUAAGCUAAUUACUCUCUAAAUUCGGACCUAAGUAUUUAAGUCAAAAACAUCGUAAAUAAAAUUAAUAAAAUUACGCAUAAUUUUUCUGUGAUCUUUUAAUUCUCACAGACCGUUUGCUGACACAACUGUAUUACAAAUUAAAGUCUGAAUUAGAUGCUUAUUGUACAUUGAUAGAUGUUUAUGCAGAGUUGUUGUUUACUUCAGAUGUUUACAUUUAAAGGCUUUUGAGGGAAAAAUAAACUAUAUUCUCCUAA